GACGUGAAGUGGCGACGUUCCAGAAGGGAGGAACCUUCCGGCCGGCUCCUCCGACUUCUGGCUUUUCUCCUCAGGUCCGGACUCUCCCCGCAGAUGUGGGCAGCCCGGCUCUGAAGUCGGCCGCCCGCCAGCAGCCCAAAUGCGUUUGUCGGUGGUGGCGCUCGCCGUGUCUUUGCUUUGCGACGCCAUCGGCAGCCCCGGCCGGACGCACGAUCAGCAAGAUCAGCCGGGGGCUUGUCAGAAUUGCGAGGAGUGUUCCCGUGACAACGGCUGCGUGCGCUGCGCCGAACGCCUGUUCCUGUUCCUGCGGCGAGACGGCAUGUCACAGCACGGCACCUGCGUGCACGCCUGCCCCAAAGGGUUCUUCGGACAGCGGGCGCGGGACAUCAACCGAUGCUUCAAGUGUCGCUCGGCCAACUGCGAGCACUGCUUCAGUCGGGACUUUUGCACUCAGUGCCGGUCGGGCUUCCCGCUCUACAACGGCCGCUGCCUGACUUCCUGUCCCGCCGGAACCCGGGCGCACGACGCCCAAUGUCUCGACGAGUGCGUCCUGACGCCGGCGUCCGAGUGGAGCGCGUGGAGCGUCUGCCUCCGAGACGGCGCCCCCUGCGGCUUCAGGUGGGGGCGGCAGACCCGGACGAGGGGGAGCCCCGAACGGACCGGCUGCCCGUCGCACGGCGAGACCAGGAGGUGCCGGAUGAAGAGGGGGUGCCCCAAAGACGGCAGAAGGCCGAGGGCGCGGGGCCGCCAGCGACCGGGGAAACCGCAGUGGAUGCUCGCCGCCGGCAAGGACGGCAACGCGCUCGACGUCUUCUGAGGCGCCCAAAGCGACGACGAGCGAGAAACACGCGUGGGAGGCCGGGGGGGGGGGCAAACUAGGGACAACAAUUUAGUACGCGCACACACACACACACACACACACACACACAAAGCAUUUAUGAACUCGAGCACAAAAUGACGUGCAAAGCUGAAGUGGAGCUGCGGUCAUAUUUAAUAUUGCAGUAUAAUCCCAUUCCUUUUUGUACCUUAUGGACAAUUUGGUCCUACGGGCGCGUUUGCAACUUUUUGCACUGGAGGAAACUCGGCCACAAAUGUGGAAGGCGCCAUCGGGGAGCGGACAAAAUGCUGCCAGGACGACUAACGCAAACGUUCCGGCAAAAUCGGCAGGACGACUCCGUUAGCGGCGGCGAUACCGGAACGACACUGGCAGGAAAAUAUCGAGGCGGCGGCCCCGCCAAAGCCAAACAUCGUUUGUUGAAGAAGAAGAAGAAAAAAAAAAUCCACACGGGAUCGUGGAUGGGGACAAUGUCUUUUGUUACUACUAUGGAAAAAAUAUAUAUUUUAUAGUAAAGUAUUUUAU